UCGGAUAGGAGUCCAAAGAAAAUGAUGACUGAGGUAUUGUUAUUGUUAAGCUUCGUGGUGAGUUGUUUUGGAGCUAUACCUAGACCCGAUUUACGUAUUGUGGGCGGUAAGGAUACGACUAUAAAAGAGCACCCUUAUCAGAUUUCGUUGCGACAUUCCGGAGCUCACAGUUGUGGCGGGUCCAUACUUAAUACAAACACCAUUCUAACGGCAGCACACUGUGUGAAUUAUCCCCAUGCAAAACCCAACGAGUUCUCGAUUCGUGCAGGUUCUACAUUACGGAAUGAAGGAGGCCAUCUGGUUACGAUCGAUGAUAUUUUCAUUCAUCCAAAGUACGAUGACUGGACUUUGGAAUGGGACAUUGCUGUACUUCGAUUGGCACACAGUUUGACGUUCAGUGAAUCGGUUCAACCCAUCUUACUGCCAAGCAGGUUGUUCAAAAUACGCCAAGGAUCUUUGGCUACAGUCACCGGCUGGGGUGGACUUAAUUACCAAGGACCAAGUACGAACUUUUUGCAAAAGGUGUUUGUACCGAUCGUAAACACGGUAGCAUGCAGUAAGGCCUAUGCGAAUUUUGGAGCUAUUCUCCCAUUUCAUUUAUGCGCUGGUGCUGCCGGUUUCGAUGCUUGUCAGGGUGAUUCCGGGGGCCCGCUGGUUUACGAUGGCAAACUGAUUGGAAUUGUGUCCUGGGGCUACGGUUGUGCAUUCAACGGUUAUCCAACGGUCUACACUCGUGUUUCAGAAUUCAUCGAUUUCAUCGAGGAAUAUUUAUGAAACGAAGCAUUUCUGCGAGUUGUUAUUACGUGUCGGAAUUUCAAGUAGGAUAAUAAACGUGUUUCACUUCUGUGAUACUAAUAUAAGAGUUUUUAUGUGAUGUACGAGGCAUCUAGGAAAAAUAUAAAGUUUAUAUCUCGA